UGUGAUGAUAUCUCAACCGGUCGAAAAGAAGUGCCUCUCUUUUCCGCGGAAUCUGUCCCUGAAGAAGAAUCAACCAUCGUCUCAUCUCUGGUUCCCUCAUUUUCACUUGCUUUUCUUUUUGUAUUAUUUUGUCUUGUUUGUGUUCCUUGCAAUAGUUUCUCCCUUUUUUCUCCGUCUCUUCAUUUUUUCUUCGGUUUCCAUUUGAAGUCCGCCAUGAUGUUCUUUCAUUAAUUAUUUCUCGAUCCUAUUCUGUUUUUUUUUUUCCUUUUCUAUGUAACCUUAAUUUCACCCAGCUAUUUUCUUGAUUCCCAGAUUUCAAUUUAUGUUUUCAUGCUAAUUUUCUUUGUUUGAGUUGAUAAUUAAUUCUCAGUGUUUGCCUUUGGUUAGAUUUUGAAUUGCUAGAAAAUUGUGGUGUUCUGGAACCUUGUAAUAGGUUUUUAUCGUGUUAUUCACUCGGUCAAAAUCCCCUUUUUUGCACCUUAUAACCCUCCUUAGUUGGUUUAGAAACCUAGAAUCUGACCCAAAUAAUCACCAAAGCAAAAUCUCCAAAUUUGCUUCUGCCUUUCUGUUUGAGUAGAAAUGGAUGAUGGGGAGCUAGAUGUCUUGAACCAAGAAGUAUUUUCGAGUACCAACAUGGGUGAGUUUCAGAGCAGUUGCUCAAUGGAUAGUUUCUUUGAUGAACUACUCAAGGAUACCCAUGCCUGCACUCACACACACACUUGCAACCCUCCUGGUCCUGAUUAUUCCCAUACACAUACUUGCUAUCAUGUGCACACUAAAAUUGUUUCUGCACCGUCUGAGGAUAAGACUGGGACUGAUGAUACUUCUGAGUCGACUGAAAAGAAGUCGAAGAAACGCCCAAUAGGCAAUAGAGAGGCGGUCCGGAAGUAUCGGGAAAAAAAGAAGGCAAGGGCUGCAUCUUUGGAGGAUGAAGUUGUGAGACUCAGGACUUUGAAUCAACAGUUGCUGAAGAGGCUGCAGGGACAAGCUGCAUUGGAAGCUGAGGUUGCAAGGCUCAAAUGUUUGCUUGUGGACAUAAGAGGAAGGAUUGAAGGGGAGAUUGGAUCUUUUCCAUAUCAGAAAUCAGCUAAGGAUGUGAACUUGGCCAAUCCAAAUGUUGCUGGUGCUUAUGUGAUGAAUCCAUGUGAUGUUCAGUGUAAUUGUCGGGCAUCUUGCCUUCAUCCAGGGAUGGAUGGCAAAAAUGGUGAGGGUAUGGCCUUAAAUGGGCAAGGGUUUAGCAGUUGCGAGUUUGAUAAUCUUCAGUGUCUGUUAAAUCAAAACUCAGGAAUGAAGGAGCUUGCUGGAUGUGAACUUGAGAAUGUAGUGACAAUUGUCAAUGGCAAUUCUUCUAGCACAAAGAAGAGGAAAGGUGGAACUUAAAAGAGGAGCUCAUGCAGCAACCGGAGGUUGAAAGUGUUGGAGCUAUACAGAUCAAACAUAAACUGACAUUAAUGAAGUAGAAAGAAAGACAACAUAGACAUAAAAGAAAAUAGACUCAUAGCUAUUGGAAAAAAACCCUUUUCUCUUAUAUUUCAAAGCACACUUACAUUCAUCAUCAUCAAAACAUUUUUAGCUUUACACAUUUACAUAUAUAUAUAUAUAUUUAUAGAGAUAUUACAAGGAUUACAGAAAAUUCUAAGUGGUAAAAUUAUAGUCUUUACACUUGUCAACAAAAGAGUGAUUUGAUAAGACACCACUAAAGUUCUCUAGAAUUAACUGAAACUAUACUUUCUAAAAAUAUAAUUAAUUUACUAAAUAUUUUGGAGCUUUCAUUGAGAAAACUCUCAAUUCUAACACUCCUCCUUGAGAGUUUUUUUAGAAACUACCAACUUGUUUCUCAAACAUUCAAAUAUGCUUGUUGAAAGUGCCUUGCCUUGGUGAGAAUAUCAGCAACUUGCAUCUCAGAUUUGCAAUACACUAGCUUCACUUCUUGAUUUCUUUCGGUUUCUCUGAUUGCAUGAUACUUGACUAUGAUUGCAUGAUACUUGACUAAGUUGUGUUUGGUCCUACCAUGUUGUACUGAAUUGUUAGCAAUGGCAAUAGAUGACUUGUUGUCACACCACAACAAAGUAGCUUCAGGUUGAUCAUUUUCAAAAUCGGCAAGUAAUCUACGAAGCCAAAUAGCUUGAUUUGAGAUUGCAGUAGCUUAUAUACUCUGCCUCCGCGGUAGAUUGAGCAACAACUUCUUGCUUCUUAGAAAUCCAAGAAAAAUUAUUUGAUCCAAUAGAAAAUAGAUAUAACUUGAUCCAAGAGAAAAUAGAUAACCUGAAGUGCUUUUCAUAUCUUCAGCACUACCAGUCUAAUCACUGUUAACAUAUCCUUCAAGUUUUGCAUUUUCAUUCUUCAAAUACAACACACCAUAAUCAUAGGUGCCCUUCAAAUAUUUCAAAACUCACUUAGCAGCCAUAAAAUGAGAAUUAUUUGGAGAGUUCAUGAACCUAGACAAGAAACUUGCUCAGAACAUAAUAUCAGGUCUUGUUGAAACUAAGAAUAAUAAACCUCCAACUAGACUUCUAUAACUUGUAGUGUCUAUUAUGGAAUCAUCAUCCUCUUUACUAAGCUUCAUAUUUGGAUAAAGAGGAGUUGCCACAGCUUUGCAUUGAUUCAGAUUGAACCUUUUAAGGACAUCUAAUAUAUAUUAUGUGAUUGCUCAAUCUUCAUAUCCAAAAAAUUGGUCAUUAAGCCUAGAUUAAACAUCUCAAACUCCAUUUGCAUUUAGAACUUAAAAUCUUUUAUCAAUUCUGGAGAGCUUCCGGUAACAAGCAUAUCAUCAACAUAGGGAGAAAUAAUUAAGAUAUUUCCAUCUUGACAUGUUUUUAUAUAGACAGUAGCUUCAUUCAAACUCCUCCUAAAACCAUGAUGGAUCAAAUAAUCUAGAAUACCAUGCCCUUGGAGCCUGUUUUAAUUCGUAUAAAGCCUUCUUUAGCUUAUAGACUUUGUCUUCAUGUCCAACAAUAAUAAAUCCUUUAGGUUUGUGAACAUAGAUCUCCUCCUGAAGCAAUUCAUUUAAAAAAGCCGAUUUGACAUCAAGAUGGAAUACCCUCCAUCUUUUUUGAACUGCAAAUGCAAGUAAUAGCCUGAUGGUAUCAUGUCUUGCUACUGGGGCAAAAGUAUCCCUAAAAUCAAUUCUUGACAGCUAAGCGUAGCCCUUUACAACAAGUCUUGCUUUGUGUUUGAACACGGUGCCAUUUGGAUUCAGUUUUGUUCUAAAUACCCACUUUACUCCAAUGACAUGCUUCUCUUUUGGUUUGGCAAUAAGUUCCUACGUUUUGUUUUUCUCAAGCAUAGUCAUUUCAUCUUCCAUAGCUUGCUGCCAUUCAGGAAACUUGCUUGCCUCUUGAUAA